AUGACCGACGCACCCCCGCCAGACCCCUCCAAACCAACCCCGAAGAACAUCCCCAACCCCCGACGCCUCCUAAUUCUCACCCCACCCUCACAAUCGCCCUCAAUAAUCCCACCACUGCUACAAACACUGACCGGAGUCCCCGUCACCGACCCACCACAGCAAACCGAAUCCAGACCCGGCCCCAGCCCCGAGGGUAGCACCCCGCUUACCACGGUGCAAAUCUCGUUCGCAGGCUACACAACCCACAGCCCACUCCCCCUCUCAACAAAAUACUACAAAGCAGAGAUUCCCCUCUGGGUAGACGAGGUCCCGCUUGCCAGCGAUACGCCGCGCAAAGCCGAGGACGGAAGUAUCGCCCCGCCUGGCGCGUGGAAGACGGAGUUCCUGAGCGAGGAGGCGGGGAUUACAGAUCCUGCGGGUACUGGGGUAGCGCAACGUAAGGAUGUCCUGGAGCUCAAAGAGCUUAUGGGUGAUGUUGGUGCUGUGAAGAGUUGUAUCGAUGAGGAGAGGGGUGGGAUGGAUGUUCCCGGAAUUUUUGUCCUUGUUGGGUCUAAGAAUGCGGGUGUGAAGAAGGCGCCUGUGAAUGCUUCUUCUGGUGAGGACGAUGGGCUUGAUCUGGGCGUUGAGGAGAUUGGGCAGGAUGCGGAUGAGCCGCUUUCUGUGGGGUGGUGGGAGGACCAGCUUUUUGAUAUGGGGCUGUUUGGGUGGGAGGUUGUUGAGUGGGAUCCGGCAGGUGAGGAGGAGGUGACGAGGAAUAAAUUUGGUGAAUACGAAGGAAUGCCCCGCAUCAAAGAAGUCCUGGAAACGCACGACUGGAGCGGAUCAGGCGACGACGACUUCGAACUCGACGAAGACCUCGAGACAGAGUUGCUAGGCCUGGAUCGACAAGGCAGCACGCGGGGCUUCGGGGAAGAAGUUCACGAGCUGGAACGGGAGAUGCUGGGGUUGCGGAUGGCUAUUGAGCGCAGUGGAGGGGAUGGUGAGCGUGAGGAUGAGCAGGGGAAUGAGGAGGAUCAAAUUGAGUCUAUUGAGACGCUUAUUAUGCGGAUGCAAUCUUUGCGAGAUAUGGGGUCUGAGUUGCCGGCAAAUGAGCGGAGGAAGUUUGCCGCGAAGGCUGUGCAGGAUAUUAUGCGGGAGCUUUGA